CGUCAUUUCUUGAUUGUCGUCUGCAGCCGCCGACUCUCAAUCUAACUUUUUUAUCUUGGUGAAUGAACGACUUAUUUUACCGUGAAUUAACUUACUAUGACGAAGACAAAGUUUAAACUACCCGCUUCUGAUGAAAUUGACUGGUAUGACCUCCAAGGAAAAGGUGUUACCUUCCACAACUGCUUAAGAAACACUACUACCACAAAACUGAUGCUAGAAGAACCAUUUCUGAAAAUAUCAAAAGAGAGAGCAAAUGAUCAGCCCUUACCAUUUCACCAGAAAACAAUGGUUAAUUAUAAAAAUGCCCAUAAGUUUUCUGAACAUGACAACAGAAAUAUUUUUGAUACAGAUUCGGCAUUCUUUGAUUUUGGAAGACGUUGUGCUGGACGAAGGCAGGUUAAUGGAGAAAAUUUUUUCAAUCAAAUUAAAAGCAAUCUACCACUUAGAAUGGAUGACACAGAUGUGAUACCAAUCUCUACAUAUUCGGCAUCAUUCCAAAGAUUAGGGCAUUUACGUCAGUCGGUGUCCUAUAGGCGUUUUCCUAAAAAAUAUCCUAAUUUGCAACCUGGAGCAACAAAAUUGGGAACAGAUACAACAACUUGGUAUGCUUCCACAGAUGAACACAAAGAUUCCUCACAAUUACUACGAAAUAGUCUCCCAAUUUGUACCAAAGGAAACUUAUGGAAGUUUUCAUAUAGAGGAUCAACAAAUGUUUAUCCAACUUAAUCAUUUUUACAUCCAGAUAUAUAUAUACAUUUUUCUCUCCUUAUUUAAGUAGUAUUUAGGAUUUAGUUUGACUAAAUGACUGCAUAUAUUUUCAACUGCCUGAAAAAUUAUGUUUUGAUUGAUUAAAAGGUUAAAAUUAC